CAGCGAUUGCCUGUUGCAUACACGUAUUCCACGAUUGUAAGUAGCAUUCUUAACUGUAUUACACAGAUACCCUCGUUUAUUGUCGCUAACAAAGGCUUAUCAAGAUUACGAAACUUCUUCAGCUGAAAAAAAUCCAAGGAAAUAUUUGGCUGCAAACAAGUUUACGUCGUGCCAGACACACACACACAUAUAUAUAUGUCUACCAUAAAAUUGCAUUUUUAUUCAGUAUAAAACUCGUGUGUUAUAUCGAGAUCGUUGCACCGGAUAUUUCGCUACAGGUCGAUCUUCGUCCACCAAUUAACUUAAAAAAUUUUCUUUAUUUCAGAAAAAACUCUUUUGCAGUCGUAAAAACGCCUUGUUUAAAAAUAAUCAUUGAUAUUUCGUGCUUUCCGUUGUAAAAACGAAUGCUUGUCUCGUUAUGCAAGCGAAGCAUGACGAAGAUCCAAGGACAGGUAUCUGCUCUUGAUGGAUCUCUUGCGAGGCGAUUUCAAACGCUGCUGACAACAAGUCUCUCCAACGGUUCUGAAUCGCACCGAAUCACGCGUUUACGGUCGCGACUAUAUCAAGUUUGGAACAAAAAUCUGAAAGUGUCCAUAUUUUACAGAGAUCUUUAUAUAUUAAUUUCAUCACUACUGAUCGUGAAAUCUGUCUUAUUGCGACUAUAUCAUUCAAGUUUGGAACAAAAAUCUGAAAGUGUCCAUAUUUUACAGAGAUCUCUAUAUAUUAAUUUCAUCACUACUGAUCGUGAAAUCUGUCUUGUAAUUUUAAAAUAGUUUAUGUAGUAUUAUUAUAUUAUUUAUAUUUUAUAUAAUAUGUAUGUAGGUCGCGACUAUAUUAUUCAAGUUUGAAACAAAAAUCUGAGAAUCUCUAUUAUAUUUUACAAAAAUCUCUAUUUCAGUAUUAAUUUCAAAUUUCAUCAAUGUGAUCGUGAAAGCUCUGUUUCAUAGUAAUUAAAAUACUUUAUAUGAUAUUAUUAUUAUUAUAUAAAAUAUUAUUUAUAUUUUAUAUAAUAUGUAUGUAGGUCGUGACUAUAUUAUUCAAGUUUGGAACAAAAGUCUGA